AUGAGCAACAAAGAAGCGAGGAACCCGAAAAAUGAACAGCUCGCCCAAGCGUUUGAGGACAUUGCCAGCUACGAAUUCAAGCAUGGCGGUCUCAACACGGGAGCUGGGGCGUCGUACUCGAAGAUUGCCCAGGCCAUCCGUGAAGUUGACGAAGAAAUCACGAGCGGUGAGAUGGCCAUGCAGUACCGGGACAUCGGCGCGAAGAGUGCCUCCAUGAUCGACGAGUACCUCGAGAAGGGCAAGAUUUCCAAACCGGCGACCAAGCACGUGCCGGGCCAAGAUGACAGGGACGAUGAUGAAGGGAAUGAGCCCAAGCACCACCACCAUUCAGGACACCACUCGAAGCACAAGGGGCAUGGCGACGAGGGUUCGCACCACAAGUCAUCGCAUCACGCGAAAGCUAAGAAUUACAAGAACCAAGCGCUAGCGGAUGCUUUCGAAGACUUGGCCCACUACGACCGCAAGAUUGGUGACUCGAACGCUGGGAUGUCUUACUCAAAGGUCGCCGAGGCGAUUCGGGACGCGGACAUAGAGGUUGAGAGUGGGGAUCACGCCAUGAAGCAUAUCCCAGGUGUUGGGAAGAAGAGCGCGGCUGCAAUCAACGAGUUUUUGGCGACAGGCAAGAUUGAAAUGAACGCCCCCAACAAGGAACCGGAUCAAGAGGAAGAGGGCCAAGGCGAUGAUGAGCGACAGGAUGUGGAUGAUACGUCGCGCUACAAGGGCCACAAGCACAUGCAUGCAACAAACCCGAAGAACCAAGACUUGGUCGAUGCAUUUGAAGAGUACGCCGACCGCGAAUUCGAGCGCAACACUGGCAAGGGUGCCGAGUACACGAAGAUUGCGCAAGCCAUUCGGUCUGCGGACGAGGAGAUAACCAGUGGGCAGGAGGCCAAGGAGGAUGUGUUCAACAUUGGCGACAAGAGCGCCGAAAAGAUCGACCAGUUCAUGGACACGGGCAAAAUCAAGUAG